CCACAUACACCUUGCCCUCUUUGUUCCACCAUUGCACUUCCUCUUCUUCUUCUCGUUGUAUAAACCCAAUUUUGGUGUCUGUACACCCGGAACGAGAAAUCGAAGAUGUUGUCGGCCGUGUUGUGCGUGGUGGCAGCACUGCUUGUCAUCUGUGUCACUCACUGGAUCUACAAAUGGAGGAACCCAAAGUGCAAAAAUGGAGUCCUCCCUCCUGGUUCCAUGGGCCUUCCUUUCAUUGGGGAGACCCUUUCUUUGAUCAUUCCCAGCAACUCGCUUGCUCUUCACCCCUUCAUCAAAAAGAGAAUUGCAAGAUAUGGGCCAGUUUUUCGAACAAAUGUGGCAGGUCGCUCUCUCAUUGUAACGACAGACCCUGAAUUCAACUAUUUCAUUAUGCAACGAGAUGGGAAGUUAGUGGAAUCGUGGUACUUGGAUGCAUUUGCUAAAGUUUUUGCACAAUCUGGAGAGAUUAAACCAGAUACUGCUCACAUCCAUAAAUAUGUGAGAAAUACCGCUUUGCGUUGGUUCGGCAUGGAGAGCCUCAAAGAUAGGUUGCUUCCUCAGAUUGAAGUAUUGGCUAAGAAAACUCUUGUCAAGUGGGCAAGCAAGGAAUCGAUUGAUGUGAAAAGCGAGGCUGCAACAGUGAGUAUAGAUUUUGGUGCACAACAAUUGUUUAGCUAUAAUCCCGAAAAAUCGCCAGAGCAAAUAAGCGAAUUGUUUAAGGACUUGAUACAAGGACUCAUGUCCUUUCCUUUGAACAUCCCUGGAACUAUGUACCACAAGUGCAUAAAGAAUCAUAAGAAAGUACUGGAUAUGAUGAGGGUCGAAUUAAAAGAGAGACGUAUGUCACCUGAUUCUCAUCGUGGAGACCUGCUCGAUCACAUCAUGAAAGAAGCGGAUAAUGAGAAGUUCCUGACAGAAGAAUUCAUAGUUCAACUAAUGUACAGUCUUAUCUUCGUCUUUUCUGAUUCCCUAUCAACAACAUUGGCAUUGGCAGUCACAUUACUUCACGAGCAUCCUUUGGCAUUACAGGAAUUAAUUGCUGAGCAUGAAGCUAUCCUCAAAAACAAAGAGAACCCCGAUUCCCCACUCACAUGGAGCGACUAUAAAUCAAUGACUUUCACACUUCAGGUAAUCAAUGAAACUCUUAGGUUGGCAAACAUUUCUCCGGGACUAUUUCGCAAAGCAACUGAAGAUAUCCAAUUCAAAGGAUAUACAAUUCCUGCCGGGUGGCCAAUAUUAAUUGCUGCUCCUGCUGUGCACUUGAACUCCACCAAAUAUGAGGAUCCACUAACAUUCAACCCAUGGCGCUGGAAGGAGCUGCAAUCAACUUUUAUAACCAAAAGUUUCAUGCCGUUUGGGUUCGGUUUGAAGCAAUGCGCAGGAGCAGAAUAUUCUAGGGUGUUAUUGUCAACUUUCCUUCACACCUUGGUCAGCAAAUACAGAUGGACAAAAGUGAAGGAUGUCAAAUUUGUGCGAGCCCCUAUUUUAAAGUUUCCCAAUGGCUUUCAAUUCAAAAUCUCUGCAAAGAACAACUAAAGAGCUCGCUAUAUUUGGUGGUUGAAAAUAUUUCGAAGUAAAAGUAAUAUUGUAUGAAAGAAAGAUAUUGAGAGCAUUUUCUUCAUGUAAUUUUAAGACGGUAAUGGUGUUUUUAUACAUCUUGUAAUCUCUAUUAAAAUAAUGUGAAAAUUUAUAUAGAACUAAACGUAGCCUUGCCAUAGGCAAUAUGACGUAUUGUAAUGUAUUUUGAGCUAUUUUAUAAACAUAUUAUUUGGCACUCAAAAAAGAU